CUGUAUGUUUUUAUAUAGACUUCAAAUCAUCUGUUUUUUUGAUGCGAUUUUAUUUUGUAAAAUUGUUUUCUCGCUCAUUUAUUUUUUAAUUUAUCAAUACACAAUUGAAAGGAUCUCAUAUCAGUAUUCGGACGGAAACGUAUAUUAACAAUAACAAGCGAGACUAUACGGUCACGAAUCAAUCCAACAUGAGUUCACAUUGGGAAGAAUUUUUUGCAACUCAUCUACCACCUUCCGAUUUCGAGGAUAACCGAAAACUUCUUAAGGAGUUUUGUGAACGUCACAACAAAAUGAAAAACAACAUUGUGUUGAUAACGUCGGGCGGUACGACAAUUCCUCUGGAGCAUAACACUGUACGGUUUGUGGAUAAUUUUAGUGCUGGAACAAGAGGAUCAGCAUCCGCUGAAUACUUCCUAGAACAUUCUUAUGCUGUCAUCUUUAUGCACCGACAAAAAUCAUUAGAACCAUUUACGAGACACUUCAAUGGACAGCAAUUUUUCGAUAUGCUGGAGUUGAGCGAUCGAGACGUUGGUCCAAGUUCAACGAUUGCAGUCAAACCGGAUUCCGUUGAUGUAUUAGCGCCGAUACUGGCCAGAUAUAAGAGUGCACAAGAGGCGAAGCAAAUUUUAUACAUAAAUUUCACUAGUGUCGUUGAUUACAUGUGGUUACUGCGGGCUGGCUGUGAAUGUUUGGCUGCAUUUGAAAAACGAGCUGUUUUAUAUUUAGCUGCUGCUGUUUCUGACUUCUACAUACCCUCUGAUAAAAUGCCUGUCCAUAAAAUGCAGUCAGGUGAGGGAGCACCUACGAUCUCGCUGCAAUUGGUUCCAAAGAUUUUAGCUCCAUUGGUCAGUCUGUGGGUGCCGAACGCAUUUGUAGUAUCAUUUAAACUAGAAACCGACGAAAAUCUGCUAAUCACCAAAUCAAGGGACAGCUUGAACAAGUACAAACACAAGUUAGUGAUAGCCAACGUACUACAAACGAGAAAGAAUCGAGUGAUAUUCGUAACACCAACAACAUCUUAUGAAGUCGUUUUGACCAGAGAGCAAGCUUUAAGUGGAUUGGAAAUAGAAGAGCCGAUCGUUGCUGAUGUGGUUCGCAAACAUGACGAGUUCAUUUCGACUGCUGAACAUCAAUGACCCCAUCGACAGCGCUCCCCUCGUGAUUCACCCAUUCAAGUACAAUGUCGUGUUACGAUGCCGCAUUUUUGUAGAGUUUUAAAUCCAGGUUUGGGACGUAAAUAUUAAUUGAUCGGGUUUUUGGAUGAUGAUGAUGGUGGUGGUGGUG